AUGGAUGAAUCUUGUGGGCCGGAGCCUACGUUCGAUUGUGCUCUGCGUCGCAUAGCUAGCGGUCUCCUUUCCCGAGCUGUCCUUUCAGCUGUCAAUAGGGGCGUGAAACGCUUAAGAACCACUAAAGAUGAAGACGACCAAUCGAGUGCGUUGGCUUACGAUACGCUUCAGGCGGUUGCGAACAGCUUCAACAAAUUUAUGUACCAGAGGAUUCUCCUUACCCUGGUACCUGCGCUGGAACGCUUUAUAAAGAUUCUCGUGGGGAAUCUUAAAGGACUAAUGCAACUACAUAAGGGGAUAUGGUCUGUUGACAAAUUACUGCGCUGCGAGGGUGCCGGCGUAUUUCACCUAAUCUUAUUAAACCACCUCGAUAACCGGCCCGAGCAAUUACGUGUUCUGAAGACAUCAAUCUGCGACACUAAGUUUGUAUUAUCACCUGUAUUCGCUCGGAUGAUCUCGCCACUCCUUGGCGAAAUCACCGCGGAAGAGUUCGACGCUCACAUAUCCCAAGACAUACUAAGGCUCAUUAAAAGGGGGCAUAAAGGAAUCGUUUUCACCCUCUUCACACUUCAAAAGCACAUGAGGAAUGAUGCUAUGAACACUGCUUGCAUCGAUAUAACGGACAAUAUUAAAAAUUUACUGGCCCAGGAGGACGUUUCAUUCUUCGGUGCAGAUAAGCUGUCGCCUGACGAUCUGAAACGCAACAAAUCAUUUAGCUUCAUAGUGAACGAGGUCAUUCAUUGGUUUUCCAAUGUCGCAUUUCGUACAGCGGAUUGCCGUAUAGCCAAAAGCCUUGCGGCAACUGUGGAUAGUUUUAACGGCACUGCGCGUAUUACUGUGUCCGAGCAAGAAAUCAAUGCCUAUGUUAUGUUAUUGCUCAUACCGGACAAAGUAAAUGAGUUUAUGGACGUAUCAUUGGUUUCUAAGUUCGUUGAAGCUUCUAGGGCCACACUAAUGAAAACGGCAAAGUCCCACCCAUCUGAGUCUGUGCAAGUGAAAUGCGUACACAUAAUAGGACGUCUUCUACAUCUUAUACCCGAUAACGAUUUAGAAACAUGCCUUGUGGAUCUUGUUGUGAAUCAGGUCAAAGCAAUGGAAAAAGUGACCCCGAAAUGUAGGGACGAGAAGUUAAAUGAGAAACUUUUGACCAGUGCCCUCCACAGUUUGAAGUCAGCCAUAUGGGUAGAUAUCGAACGUGAUAAACGCAUACCAAUUGCGAGGGCAUCCGAGCUGAUCGGUCCUCUCAACACUGUAAUUCAGUUUUGUCAUGGUAAGCCGGUGUACAAGAACUGUCUCAUUGAAGCCUUCUGCGUAAGAUUGCUCUUGGGACCGUGGGACAACACUGCUUCAGUAGUUUCAUCAAGCCCUACCGCUGCAGGCAAAGUGGAACAUUUGUCCAUGCAGGAUGUUUUGGAGACUAUACCACUGCACCAACAGGAUCCCCUUGCCCAUCUCUUUUUAUGCGCACAAGCUUUACGCAAUGGACCACUUAAUUCUAAGGACGAGGAAAUCAAACGUCUCAUGGAGCUAGAUGAUAUACCAAGUCUUGUGGAAGCCGCGACUGAAUGGAAGGGGAGCCAGCUGUAUGGUACCAUGGUUGAUUUAUAUGAAGAAAUUUCUAAAACAAAGGACCGUUUGAUACGUCCUGUUUUGAAGUGUCGUUACACUAAGCGAUAUGUUGAAAAGCAGUUAGAGAGUUUUACGGAUGCCAUAGAGGAACGUCACGUUUACAGGAUGCUUCUGAUUAUCUUACACUCCCCAAAUAAGGGCAGUUUUGCGAAUAGUAUUCGAAUGCUACGCGAUAUAUGGCUUAGCUAUAACAGUGUCGGUCGCCUUUUUACCGUGUUGAUGCAUUGCAUAUUGUUUAGGUAUCCUCUGAACGGUUUCGAGAACUACUCCGAACUCGCGCAGAUGAUUAAUUCACGCUCCUGCAAAGUAACACCCUUGUUGAAAUAUUUGGCGUUAGACAAACGUGUAGUGUUUGGUAUAGUAUCUCACUGUAUCUCGGAGGGAAGCGUCCCCAAGAUUCUGGAACACUAUUUAGCGGCGCAGGAUGGAGACGUAUCAAGCUUGUUGAAAACAGUCUUGCAAGACAUCAGGGUGGCCGUGGCUGAAUUGAAUUCUUUCGAAAAGGAGGAUAUUGAAAUAUACUUAGCUCCACCAGAUAAGUUGUUUCCUGACUCAAGACCAUACCAGCCUAAUCUCAACCAAAGUGAUAAGAAGAAGCAUUCAAAUCUGACGAAGCAACAACUUGAUGAUAUGAGAUAUAAAGAUCAGUGUUCGAUAAGGAAACACAUUGCGUCUUUGGUUAAGAAAGUUGUUGCAGGGUUGUAUGCAAUAUCCAGAGCGUUCGCACAUAAACGCGAAUAUGUAACGUCAUUCCUAUCUGAAGUUCUUACGCUUUGCAGAGAAUCGCUACGCGUCAAUAUACUGUAUUCACCGUUCUCGCUCCUUAUUGACGUUUUCUGUCCAUUUUGCUUCAUGGGCAGUCUUCGUAGGGUUCUGAUGCGAGUAGAGGAGAUGCUAAAAGACAUAUAUUCCAAGCAAACCUACAGCUUAGAUGAUGAUGCAGUUUGUGAAGUUCUUGGUGAAGUGAAUAGUUCUACCGAUAUAAGUCAAGAAACCAGUCUUGUUAUUGCGGAAAUAACGACUUACAUCUUGCUCAAUACCAAUGCAUCUACUCGCGCUAAGGAAGCGUCGUUACAAGUCACAAAAACUUUGCUCAAAUCGAGGAUGGCUCUUGAUAAACAUGCCCUGAUCGAUGCAUUAUAUGCGAACUUAAAGAACGAGACUUUAUAUCCAGCAAUGAGAGAUGCACUCAACGAGGCAGUGCAUUAUUUGGUUGAUCUGGAUGGUAUCACGAAAAUAUGCAAGAUGGGAUUGUUGAGCAAUGUGGAACUUGUAAAGGAUGCCGUUCAAUAUUACGUUUCCCAUCACGAUUUGGACGCGUUGUUUAGCAUUACAGAGUAUGUAUUGCUGUUGGGUAUUGACGAUGCUAGGUUGAGUUGUGAACCACGCAAGAUUAUCGACCUUGUACCAAUAUACAUCCACGAAAACCCGGAACUAUUGCACAUGGCACCAAGAGUGCUUCUGAAAUAUGUCCCGGAUGAUGUAAUCGACGCUUUUUUGGCGUCUCUUGAGAUGGCAGACAAGGACAGCCGCGAAUCCCUUCUGCGGGUUCUUACGUGUUACUUCGACAUAUCUGAUGGUGCCAUACGCCACGGCUACAUUUUUGAAAGAUUGAUGUUAACAAAAGGCAUUGAAUUCCAUUUGAACGCACUCCUGGCAUGUUGUAAGUCACUGUCAAAAAAAGUCCCAUCAGAACAGCUGAGUGCCCUUACCACUCAUGUGCGUACGUGGAUAGAGAAGCAUUUCCUUAAAGGAAUGGGUCACACAGCAUUAGGGAGUCUUGAUUCUUCGAAAAUUGUGAUUCUGUGUGCGAGUGCUAUAUUUAUCGGUUAUCUUCAGGAAAAAGUACAGUAUGAUGACUCCGUUAAAUGGAACCUGGAAUUGUUGGUGGCUAUCUUGUCCUCUGUAAAUGAAUUUUCCAAGGCCGAAGUCCGAUCUCAUAGUACGGUUAUAGUUGCAACUCUUGCCAGAAAAUGUGCCCUUGAAGGUGAGGAGCAUAUGCUAAACACAAUGAUAUCGAAUCUCCUCUCUAUGUGUUCUCGUACGGAGGUUGCGAUAGUCCCAUGCAUAUCUCUGCUCAAGGGUGGAGGGCUUUCUUAUCUUAAGAAGCAUGACGUGAUCACGAAGCUCAAGGGUUCCUUGGCAGCGAAAUCCAACCCUCGGGAUAUGUUGUUUGUAAAGGAACUAGCACUACAGUUCGAACGUUUAUUAGACCCGUUUGUGAAAGACAUAUUUCCGAAUUUGGUCAGCUGUUUCAACGACACGUUCGAUGCCUGUCUUGAUGCUUGCCUUUCCUUGGUUGACGUGCUUACUCCAGUGGGCUUCAAAACCAUCCUCCCUGUUAUUAUGGAAUCACUAGGUGGAUAUGUUUCUUCUAUUAAGUUAGGCUGUCUUUUAACUUUGUCACACGUGAUGAAUAACACAAAGUUGCACGUUGUGAUAAUAAAGAAUGUAUGUGACGUUGUAAAGGCGGUGUCUCCGUGCACUACAGACACCCGAAAACCCGUCAAAGAAGCGGCUGAUGGGCUUCUAGAUUCUAUCGUUGGUCUUUCUGGAAAAACAUCUAUACUCUAUCCAACAAUGGGCAGCAUACUGAAGGUUUUGUCGCAUCCUUCUGACACCAACAUUACGUCAACUAUGCAUCUGCUUUCGGACUAUUCUCAAAAAACCUUGAAUGAUGAUGACUCGUCAAAUAGUCCAAUUGGAGUGGUGGAACUUGGUUUGUUGGAACCUAUAUUAUCUCGUGCCUUGAGGUCUAGAAGCGGUGAAUGCCGUCAAUCUGCAAUAAUUUUUUCUUCUUGGCUCGUGUCCCGCUGCGGCGGUUCCCGUGAAGUGGAGAUUUUUUUCACAAGUCUGAUGCCUAUUUUGACAGAUUUGUUAAAGGACAGCUUGCCUGACAUACGUAGAGAAGCGGCAAAUGCGAUAGGUAGCUGCGCUAAUUCUUUCAAGAAAUUCGGCUGCGACAAGUCGAGAGCGCUUAUGGUGGAUCUCAUCAACUGCUUGACCAAGUGUCUAAUGGAAUCCGCCACUAGCCUUGAGAGGCGUUCGGCUGCAGCGGGCCUCGCCCAAGCUCUUUGCGCAGUUGACGACGAUUUCGUUCACGCUAUAGUCGUUAAGCUGUUGAAGGUGUUGGAUUAUCCGGAUAGCACCCCUCAGAUGCGCGAGGGUUGUUUGGCCCUUUUCACCAAUUUGCCACUAACUCGCUACGACUAUGUACUUUCGCAUCUAGGUGUCAUUUUGUCGAGGGUGAUGUCAGUCCUAUGCGAUGACGACGAGCGUGUACGCGAGAUGUCAUCACAAGUUGUGAGAACGGUCAUAGAGAAGUAUCAUGAUAGCGCUGGCGAUGUUGUACUGGAUGGACUGAGGCUUGCUACUGCUUCAAAAGACUGGCAAAGUCGUGACCUUGUGCUUCCCUUGCUUCAGAGUUUGAAUGGGUUUAGGGAGGACCCUCGAGUCACCGUUGAGUUGUACCUUGCACGUCACGAUCAAAAUUCGACUGUAAAGACGACGGCUAUGACCAUUUGGAAGGGUGUUAACGUUACUCGUUCGCUGCGUCAGAUAUUCCCACUGGUGCUUCCACGUGUGAUUGAGAUGUUGGAGGAUGACGACGACGAUAUCAGGACGCAAGCUGGAGAGUGCAUAAGUGAUGCAGUUGUCAGAUUGGGUUCGGGUGCUGUCAAUGAUUUCAUCAAAGCCAUUCUGAACUGCGAAGGCGCCUUCCGAGGUCGCUGUAUAGGUAUUGCAUCGCUUGCUUCUAAUGGAAAGGCGGGCAUUGAGGCUCAUUUAACGGGUAUUUUGGACUUCUUGAAAAGUUGCUUAUGCAAGCCAACAUCAUGUCACGAAGCUUCUACGGCUCUGGCUACAUUGGCAGGCUAUUUUCCCACUGUGGUUUCCGAUGUGUUACCGUCACUCGUGAACGAUCUUUUUGCCAGCGGAGAUAAAGAUACCUACUUGGUGGGUAUCACCUUGCUUAUCGAGCACCAUUCAGAAUGUUUUGACGUGAUAUUACGGGAGGCCCUGAAGUCCGAUUUGGACAUCAUUCGUUUGGCACUUUUGGAAAGGCUCUUAUGCGCGAAAAAGGCGAAGGUUGCACUUUCUGAGCCACAUGUGCUUAGGCGAUGCAUUAAUCAACUGGUAAUUUAUCACCGCAGUUAUCCUAUUGAGGCGAUGGAUGCAUUUUCGAGUUUCGUUUCUUUGAUUAAGCCAGAAUCUGUGAUGCGUCUAGUUCACGUGCUCAUUGAGAUGUUGAACGAUAUGGCUAAGAUUGGCAAAGACGAAAACAAGUCGUGUUUGAUAUUAUUUAUUUCACGUGUCAUAGACCUACGUGAAUCUGAAUUGGACGGCAACUAUGGUACCCUGGGUGAUUCCCUGGCUCGUUACAUCUUUUUCGAUAAGGGUACUUUAGACGCUUCGCUCGUUGUUUUCGAUCAAAUCAUCAAGAGCGCGGAGAGGCGCACUGAGUUGGACAACCUCAUUGGGGCGUUGUCACGUUACUUCAGCGCAAUUACCGUUGCCGACCGCACCACGGAUUCCUCGUUAAUAAAGUCACUCCCUCUGAUGAUGUCUUUAGUGCAGAAAGCUUUUGUUAGGUCGAAUUCUAAGAUCGAAGCUGCUAAGUGUAUAGUAUCUAUUCACAAAUUGGUUGGCUCGGAGAAUAUGGGCCCAUUUGUUUUGAAGACUAUUGGCGCUAUCAUCCGUUGUCUGAAUGACAAAUGCCCCUCUAUCCUCAAGGUCGCAUUAUUGGAGGCUAUGCAUCCGUUGUUACAUUGUGAAGCGGUACACGUGCGUGUCAUUUUGUACCAACUCCAAUCUAUACUCUUCAAGUGUCUAACCGACGCUAAUAGCGAUGUGAAUAUGCUUGUAGGCCCCAAUUUGCGUCUCUACGUGAAACUGGCACCCAACAAGUCUGAUUCGGUAAUGUGUGAACUGUUCAAGCUGGCCCUGGACAAAGUGGUGAGGCCCACAUUGAAGACCGCAGCUCUGCAGGCGAUGAUUGAGGUUUUGAAAACACAACCGCCACUGGGUGUCUCACCUUUCGACAAAUUGUUGGAGCUGAUUCCAGAGUGUAGCGGCGCAGACAGGCAGCUGAUUUGCCAGGCUAUUGGUUUGGCAGCGCAACUGGACAACGAUUUUGAUACCCAUUGGGUACACGAUUUGUGUGUCAUCAUUGGCGAGGAUCCUACAAUAAUAUCGGCAUUUAGUUUCAUAGUGUCAGGUAUACGUGGCUUUACUACCCUCUAUGAGAAAGCUACCAAGGAGUUUAUUGAUGUUUUGCGACAAAGCUUAAAAUCGGAAAUACCUAGUUUGUGUCUUUCUGCGUUGGACGUUUUUAGCCGCAUUUCGAAACUCACUCGAACUUUUCAGUUGGCACGCGACUUUGUCAAGUCCUACAUUAAUCUGCUUCCUUCUGGCGCCAAGCUCCCACCCAGUGGUCAAUCUCAACUACUUAAGAUCUAUAAACGGUUUCUGCGUUUCGAAAAACAGAUACCGAACUUCGGUUCUCAACUGUUAUACUUGAGCGAGGCUAUUUACGGCCCCCCUUUGGUAAAAUUAGAGGCCGAGAAAGUGUUAUUGGUGCUUCUUGGUCCAUCAAGGGACCUGGCAAACCUAUCAGCCUUUGUAAACCGCCAGUCCACAUCUGAUAAGGUUAUUAAGUUGUUGUCGGAAUACGCGACACGGGUAUUGAUUAGGGGGAACAAGGUCGACCAGUUGAGCGACGUCGAAAUGUGA